CAGGUGGUGGAGUCUGUGAGCAUGCGUCUGUCCCACUGUGGCGACGCGUGCCCUCUCUACCGUCUCACCCUCUUGCCAGAUUGGCACUGCAAUCGCGCGGAGGCAGCAUGGCGGACAGCUCGGUGUGCGGCGGCGAGGACGCGGCCGGCGUGGCGGCUCUGCUGGCGCGCGUGGCCGGCCUGAUGGAGGGCGUGCAGGCGACGCAACAGCGCAUGGAGGAGCGGCAGCUGGAGCUGGAGAGCACCGUACGCGCCAUCCAGGCCGGCGUCGCCAAGCUGGCCACAGAGCAGGCCAGCAGCGCCACCAGCCUGGAGAAACUUCUGGAGAAGACGUGCAAGGUCAGCAGGCACGUCAAGGACGUGCGGGUGCGCGUGGAGAACCAAAACCUGCGCGUCAAGAAGGUCGAGGCCACGCAGGGGGACCUCCUGGCCAAGAACAAGUUCCGGGUAGUCAUCUACCAGGGCGAGCAAGAAGUGCGAGCAGUGACGCCAGGUCAUGACGUGGACGGAGAAGUCCCGGGGGAUAGCGAGGAGUCCAAUAAGUUGGAGUGUCCUCCAGACUCAGAUGAUGAAGAGUACAUGGUGGUGGAGGAAGCCGACGCUACGGCGGCGGCGGCAGGCGGGCGUCCCAAGAAGAAGACGGGCCUGACGCGCAUGGAGAGCCUGAAGGCCACCUUCUCGCGGGAGAACAUGAGCCGGACGCGAGACAGCCUGGGCACCAAAGUCAACAAACUGGGCGAGCGCAUCGUGACGGCCGAGCGGCGCCAGAAGAUCCGCCAGUCGGGCGAGCGGCUCAAGGAGACCCUGGCCAAGAACGUCCUCAGGAAGGACAGGACUGUUGCCGAGGGCCAGGAGGGGGUCGACCCCGCUGCCGACAACAAUGCCGGUGCGGCUGCGCCCGUGCCGCCGCCCAAGGGCCGGCGCGGCGCCCCGGAUGAACCCCGGCCGGAGGGGGAGGUGCACGUGUACGACAUGAAACAGCUGUCGUAGUGGCGGCAAGCCUGCUGGGGGCGCAAAGUUGGCAGAACAAUUGAGGUCAUGUGACUCUCUGGACAGUCUUUAGCUAAUCAGGCUUGUGUGUUGACAUUGACAAGAACUUGCUUUAUGCAUGUGAAUGAUCGGGAACAAGAUGGCGGGAGCAGCGGCGGCACUUCGUGUAGCGACUUGAGUUGAGCAAGAAUGUGAUUUGAGAGAAUAAAGCAUAAAUGCAGCAAACAACAGCA